AUGAAAAACUACACAAUAACAACAUUCGUGCUACUGGGACUAACAGAUGAUCCUGAACUGCAAAUUCCAAUUUUUUUCUUUUUAUUUCUCAACUACAUGAUAAGCGUAACAGGGAAUCUGACCAUCAUCGUGCUCACUUUUGUGGAUCCUCACCUGAAAACCCCCAUGUACUAUUUUUUACAAAAUUUCUCCUUAUUAGAGAUCUCCUUCACAACAGCCUGUAUUCCGAGAUACUUGUAUAGCAUAGCAACAGGUGACAGAGUCAUUACCUAUAGUGCUUGUAUCACUGAAAUGGUUUUUGCUGACCUCUUUGCAGUAACAGAAUUUUAUCUUCUGGCUUCCAUGUCCUACGACCGCUAUGUGGCCAUCUGCAAACCCCUGCAUUAUGUGACCAUCAUGAGCCGUAGAAUCUGUAGGAGUCUUGUUUUUAGCUGUUGGUUGGCAGGAAUGUUGGUCAUAAGCGCCCCCCUUGUUCUCGUAUUAAAGCUUAAAUUCUGUGACUCAAAUGUCAUUGACCAUUUUCUCUGUGAUGCUUCUCCCUUCCUAAAGAUAUCAUGCUCAAACACCUGGCUCAUGGAAACAACUGUUUUACUUUGUGCAGUGGUGACUCUCUUAUUGACCCUUAUGUGUGUCGUUUUGUCUUAUACUUAUAUUAUCAAGACAAUAUUAAGAUUUCCAUCUGCCCAGCAAAGAAAAAAGGCCUUUUCUACCUGUUCUUCCCAUAUGAUUGUGGUUUCCCUCACCUAUGGCAGUUGUAUCUUCAUCUACAUGAAUCCUACCGCAAAGGACAAUGUGACAAUUAAUAAGGUGGUUUCAUUGCUCAUUUCUUCCAUUUCACCUAUGCUAAAUCCAUUUAUUUAUACGCUUAGAAAUAAGCAAGUGAAGAAAGCCUUCAAUGACACAAUAAAAAGAAUUGCACCAUUAUUAAAAAGGGAAAAUAGCAGUCAUAAGUAA